GAUAAGCUUGACAGUGACGGCUCCAGGUUCCAGGCUCCAGGGCUCCAAGCUGGACUGCUUUUCCUAUUUAUUCCCUCUGUUCUCCUUCCUCGCUCUCCGAUUGGCCUGCGAACGAUGAACUCAUCAUCAGGCAGAACAUGUUUUGGACUUUGGUACAAGUCAAAAGCCUGGUAGGACACGCAGAUCCGAGGUGGGGACUGGAGAUGCAAGCCGGAGCGUGAAUGAGAAGCAGGUUUUGACAAAACUCCGUACGAUAGCGCUCUAGAGUUGCGCCUGCGCGUCUCUGACAGCUCGAGUGGAUGCAGACGGUACGGAUCGUUGUGUGAAUGGGAGAUCGGGAAAAUGUACUCCAAUUCUCCUGCAUUUGUUCGGUGGUAUGCGUACAGUCAACCAGAGACUCGUUUGCUUUUCUGGAGCUAGAAUUGUGAUUCCAAGAGAAAAGAAUUGAUUGAUCCCUCGACUGGCCACAUCAAUCGUUCGCAUGUGCUCGGGUUCUUCCGCAAUUAGGCAGCGAUCGACAGUCGGAGCGAUCAAUCGGUCAAUCAUUCAGUCACGGGUUCAAUCAUUCGCUCCGCGUUUUGGCAGAAUUUCAUUCGACGUUGUUUUGCUCGUUGGUGAAGAGAAGAAGAAGCAGAGGAUUUGGAGGUUACCGGCGGCAGCGGCAGCAGCAGUAGCAGUAGCGGACUGGAGCGAGCUGAUGAAUUCUAUUUAGGUUGUGAGUGCGGAGAGAUGAGGCAGCUCCUAGGUCCAGUCGAAUUUUCUCGUGUGCAUUUUUCUAUAACGUCGAGCAAGGAAUCUCUUGCUACUUACGCCGUCGAAGGCGGUAAAACUGGUUAGGCUGGGCUGGUUGUGUAGCUACCGCCUUUCGACGCAUGAGGAGUCGGUGAAGACAGGUUUUGUUGGACUCCGGAGAUCCUUACGAGAAAGUGGAGAAUGGGAGUACGUUUCGAGCUGCUGAAUAUGGUGCCAAUGCAGUCGUUUUUGGCUCUGGCGAUCUGCGUGCUCUUCUUCUCUCAUGCGGUCGCUUUGGAGAUUGGGCCUUUGAGUGUCAUUCGAGGUACAUCACUGACUUCGAAGAUGUAGACAACACCCUGAGUUUGAACUAUUAUACGGCACGGGUUAUACCUUUUCUCAAUCUAAUAAAAUGGGAGAUACCUUUGGAGGUGGGAGGGAGGCCAAGGCUGGAAACACUGACAAUCGUGCGGAUUGGAAAGAAGAUAAAGACCUGGGGACGGACAUGAAUGGCAGCAGAGUCCACGGAGGAGGAGCAGAAUCUCUGGAUAGCCAAGUCUCUAUGGUGUGCGUAAAUUGUGGCAGAUCUGUCCUUUCUGUCUAUAUUGAGUACUCGCCUGGAAACAUUCGACUUUCCAAUUGUGCUACUUGUGGAGGAAUAGUGGACAAGUAUGUUGAAUACGAAAUCAUGAUUGUGAUAAUGGACGUAAUAUUGCACAAGUAUGAGGCAUAUCGGCAUGUCUUUUUCAAUUAUCCCAGGCUCAACAAACUCAACUUGCAGGCUCUCGUCUGGAAGGCAACUCUCAUAUCGUUGCUUCUUGAUGCCUGGAGAUGGGCCAAUCCUGGUGAUGAAACGGUGAAAAUUGAGUGGGACAAUCUUACUCGCUUCUUCACCACAGCCGGAAAGGUUGUUCUACAAGUGGGAUGUCUGAACUGUGUUUACCUGCUCGUGAUAAUAGCCACCGUCAGUAUCUUGUCCAAGACAAAGUAUCAUGACAAAUCCAAGUAUAAGGACAUUUUUUUGGCAAUCCUUUUUUCAAGCCAUUUCAAAUUUUUUGUCUUCGCAAUGAUGGUUUGGGAGUUCUCUUUUCUCAUGGGUCUAAUGGUCGACCUCUUGAUACUCACUUCAAAUAUUGUGGCUUUAGAAGUGAUUCUGAAUGCAAACCGCCUCCAGGCUGCCACGGCAGUAAUUAAUGGUGCUAUCGGUAAAAGUUUAAUGGUGGCCUUACUGAGACGUACGUAGCGUCCGUUCCGGUGGCCAAACAUGCUCCACCAAUUCUUUGUAAUUACCUUUUUAACUGAAGUCUAUAAUUAUUUCAUGCGUUUCCGCGUUCUUCAACUC